UCUCGAUCCAUUUCCAUUACUCCAACUCGCCUGAGUUCCUCCCAAAUCCGCCAUUAAAAAUCAACAUUCGAGCUCCAGCUUUAUAUUCCUCCUGAUUCUCUCAUAACUCUUGGAAUUUCAACCCGUAUCUAUGGGGGAUUUACAGAGCCAAUACUGCAACAAUUUGAGGCCUCCAUUCCCUUUAAUGGACAUUGGUGACUCGGGCUUUGAGCUAUUGAACCAGUAUCCAGAAUUCAAUGCGAUUUUGCUUGAAAACCCAAGUUUAAGCAAUUUACAGAGCUUGAUUGGGAGCUGCAAUGAAUUGGGUCUGAUGCAUCAGGGCUCUGUUCAUCAACAAGAGGUUCAAAUGGGGUCAGGGUUUAGUGGCGAGAGCUUUUCGAAUGGUUUUUUGGGUUCGAAUUGUGAGGAGUUACCAAAAGUCCAGGCAAAUUCUCAGUCUUCGAGUGCAUUGAAGUAUAAGAAUUUGGAGAAUUUGGAGAAAGAUAUAAGGGGUAAGAAAAGGAAGGCAGGGUCUGCAUCGGAGAGCAGUUCAGAGGAUAAAAGUCCUGCAAAUAGAAAAAAAGGAAAAUGUGGGAGCAAGAGCAAUUCCAGUGAGAGAGGAGGAGAGAAGCCAAAUGAAGUAAUUCAUGUAAGAGCAAGAAGAGGGCAAGCCACUGACAGUCACAGUCUUGCCGAAAGGGUAAGAAGGGAGAAAAUUAAUGAAAGAAUGAGGUGUUUACAAGAUCUUGUUCCAGGGUGUUACAAGACGAUGGGCAUGGCGGUUAUGCUCGACGAGAUCAUAAACUACGUGCAGUCACUGCAACAUCAAGUGGAGUUUCUUUCCAUGAAACUCACAGCUGCUAGCUCUCUCUUCGACUUUAGCUUGGACACAGACGCCAUUGAAGCUCCAAAUGGGACAAACUCAUGGGAGGUUCCAGAUGUGGAGAGGGUGGUGAGAGAGGGGUAUGGAGGUCUCACAUCCUUCCACUAAAAAAUCUUCUUUUGACCACACUUUUGGCACCUAAUGUGCAACAUGCAUGUGUCCCCUCUAUCUCUCUCUCUUCAUUCUAUUUCUAUCUCUUCCCAUUCUCAUUUAGCCUUUCAUAUGCCAAACACUGUGAAAGUGUAACCCUAUUCACAUUUGAUCCCAUGGGGACCAAUAAAAUCAUCCUCAAUUUGAGUGCACACUGCUUUGUUAGCCAUGGAUUAGACUAGGAAGUGGAUAGCUAGAAUGGCAACCAUGGUCUAUAGGGACAUACAUACUUGUAAAGGGACAUGUGGGCUCCCAUGUUGGUCAACGUAGUUUGACUCGACA